GCAUCUUCUCUCGCGUUAUCUCCUUCGGUCUCCCCACACUCUCUCUGCUGCAGUCUCUUCGCUUUCGGCAAUGGCGCUCUCCCUCAACUCCCUCUCCUCCGUCCUCGCCCGCGAGACGGCGCCCCUCGCCGCCGCCGCCGCCGCCGCCUCCCCGUCGCCCAGGCUCGCCCUGCCGCCGCGCGCCGCCCGGGCGGCCACAGUCCGGGCCGUGACCUCGCCCGCCGCCUCCUCCUCCGCCGGGAAGCGCGAGCCGCGCGGCAUCAUGAAGCCCCGCCCCGUCUCGCCGGAGAUGCAGGCCCUGGUCGGGGUCCCCGAGAUUCCCCGCACCCAGGCGCUCAAGCUGAUUUGGGCCUACAUCAAGGAGCACAAUCUUCAGGACCCUGAGAACAAGAAGGUCAUAAUUUGUGAUGAGAAGCUGAAGAAAAUAUUUGCGGGAAAGACCGAGUUGGGUUCCUUGAGAUUGCAGGAUUGAUCAGUCCUCAUUUCCUCUGAUGGAAUCAAAUGCCCAAUAGGUGAAGUAGAUAAGCGGGGCUAUUUUGUCGAGCGAUCUUUUGCACGCCAGGCGUCUGUUUUGGUCGAAGAUAUCGGUGGAAAAAAUUGCUGGUUCUUGCUCUGUAGUUAUUUUACAGAUUAUCUUCCCAGUAGUUGCUUAAAACUUCUUUGGAUUGCGAGUUUUGGCUGCAAAGUUUAGGCUUUUUAAUGCAUCAGUGGUGGCAUGUUGUGGCUACUACAGAGUAAUUAUUUAAAAUCUCUCCGUUUCUACA